AGGAGUACCUGAAUGCAGCAGGAGUUUCCGUUCUCCCGUGUCACGUGACAGGGGAAAUGCUGCUCUGUGACUGGUGAUGUGACAACGCAGCUAGCAGUUGUUAGCGAGUUUGUUGACUUUUACAUUUAGGUAUUUGUCCACAUAUUUAAGGGAAAGGGCGCUAAAAUGGACAACAGCGGGAAGGAAAAAGAAGCGGAGCUUUUAAUGGCGGAAGCGGACAAGAAAAUAAAAUCGUCAAAGUCGUUUUUUGGGGCGCUGUUUGGGGGUUCCUCCAAGUUGGAAGAGGCCUGUGACAUGUACGUGAGAGCAGCCAACAUGUACAAGAUGGCUAAAAACUGGUGUGCUGCAGGAAAUGCUUUCUCGCAGGCUGCUCAUCUUCACCUGCACAUGCAGAGUAAACAUGAUGCAGCCACUAACCUCAUAGAUGCUGGAAAUGCCUUCAAAAAAGCAGACCCCCAAGAGGCCAUAAACUGCUUAAACCGAGCGAUCGAGAUUUACACCGACAUGGGCCGAUUCACUAUUGCAGCGAAACACCACAUCACCAUUGCUGAGAUUUACGAGACCGAGCUGGUGGACAUCGAUAAGGCUAUUGCUCAUUAUGAACAGGCUGCCGAUUAUUAUAAAGGUGAAGAAUCCACCAGUUCAGCGAACAAGUGCCUUCUGAAAGUAGCGACCUAUGCGGCUCAGCUGGAGCAGUACCAGAAGGCCAUUGAAAUCUACGAACAGGUGGGAACAUAUGCCAUGGACAGCACGCUGCUGAAGUACAGUGCCAAGGAUCACUUCUUCAAGGCCGCACUCUGCCACUUCUGCGUGGACACGCUGAACGCAAAGCUCGCCGUGGAGAAAUAUGAAGAAAUGUUUCCCGCCUUUUCAGACUCGCGAGAGUGCAAGCUGCUGAAGAAACUUCUAGAUGCGUGUGAAGAACAGAACGUGGAUGCAUACACUGAUUCGGUGAAAGAAUUCGACAGCAUUUCCCGGUUGGACCAGUGGCUCACCACCAUGCUCCUCCGCAUCAAGAAGACCAUACAGGACGACGACAACGACCUCCGCUGAUUCACCUCCUCCUCAGAAACCGACUUGGUCUCCUCUCGUUUGCCUUGAGCCCCCACCCCCCACCCUUCACCCCCCCUCAGGCAGCAGCAUUCCGACAUUUUAUGAACCUGCGUUCUCUUUGAUGGAUGCUGUUUCUCUCCUGUCGGUCGCAAUAUUCCCAGUUUUUCUUCCUUUUUAAAACCCAACCACCACUUCUCUGUACUUUUGGUUUGAACACUAUUGUCAUGAGUGCACAGAGUCUGUUCCGUCUGUGUUUUGCUGCAGGUGUUAGCCCACAGAAGGGUCACAUUCAGAACCGGGCUGCAAUACCAAAAACCCAAACCAGCAGACUUGUAUAAUUAAAAAAAGAAAAACAUUUUAUUUUCAUUGUAAUAUGAUAAAUGCAAGUGUGGCAACUUGCUAACAAUUUAAUCUGCUUUAGAAUAAAGUAUAUUAUUCCAAAUUUGGAUAUAGACUGAACGGUCAGCCGUUUUAUUCUUUAUUCUGCCUUAUUCUGUUCUCCGUGUGUGGACUGAAAGAUUUAACGAACCAAUCCAUAAUAAAAAUAAUAAAUGAA